CAUCUUCAUCAAUGCUUCAUCACUUCUGAUCUCAUUCAUUUCCUUUGUCUUUCUUUCACUACAAACAACACAACAAGCUAAGGAGAAUUAAGCUCAACAAUGGAUCAACUGGAAUCGUGUGUGCCACCCGGCUUUAGAUUUCACCCAACAGAAGAAGAACUCGUGGGCUACUACCUCAACCGAAAGAUCAACGCUCUGAAAAUUGAUCUAGAUGUUAUCAUCGACAUUGACCUCUACAAAAUGGAGCCAUGGGACAUUCAAGCGAGAUGCAAUCUAGGUUAUGAUGAACAGAACGAGUGGUACUUUUUCAGUUACAAAGACAGGAAGUACCCGACGGGAACUCGGACAAAUCGAGCCACCGCUGCUGGAUUUUGGAAGGCGACGGGGAGAGACAAGGCAGUACUUUCCAAGAACAAUGUAAUUGGAAUGAGGAAGACGCUGGUGUUCUACAAGGGACGUGCACCUAAUGGAAGAAAAACUGAUUGGAUAAUGCAUGAAUAUCGGCUUCAAACUUGUGAAAAUGGACCUCCUCAGGAAGAAGGAUGGGUGGUGUGUAGGGCAUUCAAAAAACCAAGCCCUAAUCAGAGGCAAGGCUAUGAAGCUUGGGACCAUGCUUACUAUCUCAGACCUCCAUCAUCAUCAUCAAAUUCUGAUACUCUUAUGCUUAAUCAUCAUCCCAGUCAGCCCACGAAUUUUCAUCACCACCCUUUUGUUUCUGAUCUAGAAUAUUUUCCCAUUAGUAAUCAAACUUUCUCGGAAAAUCAACUUGUUGAACUUCCUCACCUGGAUAGCCCAACUCUUUCGACAGGUUUCACUGCAAAAGAUCAAGGCCGCUUGCAACAUAACAACAAUAUUCUAACCAGUGAAGAUUUUGGUGAAGAAGAAAAGAGCAACAAUGGCAAGUACGAUAAUAUUGAUUGGAAAGAUUUGGAUAAUUUACUUGCAUCUCAGUUGGUUUCCUUCCCCAACAAUUUGCCAUCUUUAUCGACUCAGAAUAAUAAUUUUGACAUUGAAGCUCAAACAAGUGUUCAUAUGUUUGGAUGUUUGCAUGAGUUGUAACCGUUAAAUGCCUCUAUUUUUGUGGUUAAUUUCAGUAUAUUGAUGGAUGAUGAAUAUUACUCUUGAUUUGAUUAAAAAUAAUCAAGAGUAAUUAGACUAAGAUUUCCUUUCUUUAGAAGCAGUUUAAAAUAUUAAAGCAUAUUUACAUUGAGCAAAGUAGGUGAAAGUUUUGAAUUCACCUCUUUGAGCAAUUACUUGUUCAUAUAUGUAAUUGCGUAAUUGUAAAUAUGUGCACUAAUGCUUUCAUAUUUACUAAUUAAAGGGAUGUUAAAUUAAAUA